ACACAUGAUAUCCAAAAGACGCCUUUUUUCCCCAUAAGAAGAAGUAAACAGAUUUUAAGCAAAACCCUUGGUUUUUAGUACUAUAAAUUAGAAACAAACUCCUGACAGUGCUAAUUCACAAUCGUGAAGGAUCAAGGGAUUUAGAAGAACAAGGGUUCUCUUGCAAAACGUUUAGAAAUACUGAGCCAUAUUGCAGUUGACGGAACUGUCAAUGGCGCAUUUUCAAAGCUGUAAUAUUCAAGUUCUGUAACAGGUGCUAAUUCAUCCACCUUUUUCUGUAAACACACACACACACAGUUAAUUCGGGGUGCAGCGGUUCGAUCUUGUGAGGUUCAGACCUAUUUUAAUGAGGUGAUAUUGCAGAUGGUUUCGCGUUUAUUUCAUGGUGACAAUGGAGUAAACGAGUCGUCAGCGGCUGGGUUGCUGGUGCUCCCAGGGCUGUUUAUAUCAGAGAAUAUACGUAGAUCACAAUCUGUCUUUGAAAAUACAUGUUAACUAUACUUGCGAUAAAGUACAACAGCAAAUUUACUUGCUCCACAGUUUGCAGUUUGUUAUUGUACCAGUUGUCAGAUUUUGUGUGAACAGAGUGUGUCGAAUAAUCGUCUGGUAUAACAGUCGGUCUGUGCAACAAAAGGCGGAGAUGUCCAGACUUGGCAGGACGUGCUCUCAGUCAGCAGGGCGGCCCCGAGAGCAGAGCUCUGGAGCUGCUUACACUCGGGGUGCACAGGGACCGGCUGCUGGGGUCUCCUCUGACCCCUCGCUUGUUCUGCAUGAAGAGUCCCGCCUCCCUCACUGCAGGCCUAACGAAAUGAGCCAUGCCUUUUCCCCAGAUUCAGAGGACUCGAUCAAUAACGGAGCGUCGGUCUUUGGGCGAGUGCGAUGAGUGGUGUGUGCUCAGUGAGGAGGGAGUGUGCAGUUAUCGAGGCUCAGGGUGAUUAUGGGCCAGGAAGCUGACAGAGAAAUAAUAAAGAAGUCGGAGAACGAAAAGGAGGGACUUGUUUUUUAAGUGGAUGAUGUCAGGGCCCACUUGGCUGCCCCCGAGGACUCUGGCAAGCCCAGAGCGGCCAAUCGCCUCUGUCUCCAGCGCCAGUCCGGCCUUCUACAGACCGCCCAAAAAGGUUGCCGCGGAAACCAAUUCCAAAUACGGCCACUUCGACCAGAACAGUGGAGGGGGAGUCGGCAUGGCAACCAGAUACAUGGCGACGGGGCCUACAGGUGGGAUGAUGCCUCACAAGCACCAGGAGGACCCUGGGCCAACGGCCUUCUGCCCACUCUCCCCCCAGUCAGGAGACCACUACUACCCAUCAUCCUCUGCAGGCAAAGAGGAGAGACCUUCUUGGAGCUCCCAGAUGAGUGCUUUUGACCUUCAGUCACGUGCCUCCGACAGACAGGGGGCGCCACUGUCCAGCAUCGACGCAGAGAUCGACUCUCUCACCAGCAUGCUGGUCAACAUGGAGAGUCACCCCCAGACCUCCCGGUCACAGGUGUACGACAACAUGCCUUACGCCAAGCAGCAGGCAGACCGCUACAAGCCCACAAUGCAGCCAGGCGCCUCUGCGCAGGGCAAGCCGACACCUGCCUACCACCACGCUUCGGCGCAGUACCACCGCGCGCCCCAGUAUGCCAGCGGCUCGCCUGUCUCUUCCAGCCAAUCCCCCCAGUCCUCCCAGUACAGCCCCGGCAGUGCCCAGCAGGCCUACCCUUACUCCUCUCAGGGCGCGAAGCCGUACCCCCAGCCCGUGCCGGCCUCCUACACCACCGCCUCCACCCCCACGGGGCCCCGAUUCAGCAUCCAGGUCAAGACCGCGCAGCCCGUCAGCACCUAUUCCCAGACUGGUCGGCAGGCUGAGCAGGCCUAUGCCCCUUCCCCGCCCCGGCAGCCGGCCUCCCGCCCGCUGCAGGAGCGCAAUCCUGGCUAUCCUGACCCGGGACAGGCCUGGUACCGCCCCCCACCACCGCUGCAGCCCCGGGACGAGCAGGAGAGUGGCUACAGAGGGGGGGCGCCCUCAGCCGCCGUCCCUCGAGCCAGUCAGACCAGCCUGCCCACGAGGAGCCCAGAGGCCCUGCCCCCAGCCCCAAAUCAGGGCUACCAGCAGCACAAGGGGGCGAUAACCCGGCCAGAGGAGGAGCUGGACCGGCUGACCAAGAAGCUGGUAUACGAUAUGAAUCACCCUCCAGCGGAGGAGUACUUCGGCCGCUGCGCGCGUUGCGGGGAGAACGUGCUGGGAGACGGCACGGGCUGCGUGGCCAUGGAGCAGGUGUUCCACGUGGACUGCUUCAGCUGCAUCACCUGCCACACCCGCCUGAGGGGGCAGCCCUUCUACGCCGUGGACAAGAAGAGCUACUGCGAGAGCUGCUACAUCGUGAGUGCGGCGCCAAUCGGUCCAUCAAGGUUUAUUCAUCAGUGCACAAACAGUACGGCGGACAGCGCUGUUGUCCGCGAGCUGGUUCAGAGGGAUAGAAGAGUAGAAGGACAGGAAUUUAUAGGGAUUAGAUGGACGGAAAGGAAACAAAAUGAGGAUGCGCUAAAUUACACAAUUGCAAUUUACAGUACAGUUACAGAUUGUGCGAAAGUAACACAAGGAUAG